AUGGUGAAUUCACGCAAUGUCACCAUCGUGCAUCUCUACGAGCGAAAAGGGAAUCGCCAAGUCUGCAAAAAUCACCGUAGCAUCUCCUUGCUGAACAUCGCCGGGAAGAUCUUCGCUCGCAUCCUCCUCAAUCGCCUCAAUAACCCUCUCGAACAGGGCCUUCUGCCGGAAAGCCAGUGCGGCUUCCGCCGACAUCGCGGGACCACGGACAUGAUCUUCGCCGCCCGUCAGCUUCAAAAGAAGUGCCAGGAGAUGCGGACCACCUGUACUCUACCUUCGUGGACCUGA